CUGUUCAGUGACUACUUCGCGAAUGGCAACUGCCCUAGUUUGAGUGGGGUUCGUGGCAUGACGGCGCACUCGCAGUUGCAGACACGUCGCAACGCGAGUAGCAUUUGGGCUGGCGAAGGUGAAACGACUGCAGGCGAGCGGCUGUUGGACCGACUAUGCGAUCCUGUGAUGUGUGCAGUGCGGUGCGUGCGUGUGUGCGCGUGGCUGGCGGCGCGCUCCAGAUAUGACAAGGACGAGAAGGAGUUUGCCAUGCUGACCCUCCCCCCUUAA